GAAAUGUCUAAUUUGGUGUGAUUUCAGUGAGGAGGACAUGUACCGUGCUGCGGAUGAAAUAGAAAAGGAGAAAGAAUUACUUAUACAUGAAAGAGGGUCAUCAGAACUCCGAGUGAGCAUAGCUCCUGAAGUGGAUAUCAUGGACUACUGCAAGAAAGAGUGGAGGGGAAAUACGCAGAAGGCCACGUGCAUGAAAAAGGGCUACGAGGAGGUGUCUCAGACGUUCACCUCCAUCAGGCGAGUCCGUGGAGACAACUACUGCGCACUGAGGGCCACGCUCUUCCAGGCCAUGAGCCAGCUGACGGCGCCGCCGCCCUGGCUGCAGGACCCGGAGCUCAUGCUGUUACCAGAGAAACUCAUAAGCAAAUACAGCUGGAUCAAGCAGUGGAAACUUGGACUGAAACUGGAGGGGAAGAGCGAGGACCUGGUUGAUAAAAUUAAGGAGUCCCUCACUCUGCUGAGGAAGAAGUGGGCAGGCUUGGCGGAGAUGAGAACUGCUGAAGCACGGCAGGCAGCUUGUGAUGAACUGUUCACAAAUGAAGAAGAGGAAUAUAGCCUCUACGAAGCUGUCAAGUUUCUCAUGCUAAACAGAGCCAUCGAACUGUACGAUGAUAAAGAGAAGGGGAAGGAAGUGCCCUUUUUCUCUGUGCUUCUGUUUGCUCGGGACACGUCAAAUGACCCUGGCCAGCUGCUGAGGAACCAUUUAAACCAGGUGGGACACACUGGUGGCCUGGAACAGGUCGAGAUGUUCCUCCUCGCGUACGCAGUGCGCCACACCAUCCGGGUGUACCGGCUCUCCAAAUACAGCACCGAAGAGUUCGUCACGGUCUACCCCACCGAGCCCCCACCAGACUGGCCAGUGGUGACCUUGAUCGCGGAGGACGAUCGGCACUACAACAUCCCUGUCAGGGUGUGUGAGGAGACGAGCCUGUGAGAGCCAUGUGUGAUGCAGCCACGCGCGAGGCAGCCCUGGGCUCGGGCCUGCGGGUCUUGUUGCAUGACCUGUGAGAACUCUGGGGCCCACAUGCCUCGCUGGACGGGGAUGUUCUGAAGACUCGCUUUGGACAAUAAGAAGGAACUAAGUUUCCCCUACCUGUGAUGCAAUAUAUUCUGUGGGGGACCUUCAGAGCACACCUGUCAGAAGGUGCAAACUACAUUUUUUUCAUAAAACAAGUACUUUUAUGUCAGAGGACA